GUCAUUUGACGUGGUGUUUCACAAAAAAAAAUUAGGAUGAAAAACUCAUAAUGCCGAUGAUUAAUUUUUUGUAAUUUCGUAAAUUAUCUCAAUGAGUUUUUGAGCAAUUGUAAUGAUUAGUGCUUUAAAAUAAGAUAGUAAAUCAGCUGCGUUUCGGUUACAAAAUUCAAAAAGGAAAUGAUGAACGAAGAAACUACAUCGCCGAAUAAAAGAGGUGCUGUGUCACAAUUUUUCCUUCGAUUAUCACAGAUAUAUCAAGGUUGGUUAGACAAGUGGACACCAUACACAAAGAUCCGAUGGGCAGCGUGCAUUGGAUUGAUUUUAAUAUUUUUGCUAAGAGUGUUUAUAUGCCAAGGCUGGUACAUCGUUACAUAUGCCUUAGGAAUUUACCAUUUAAAUUUAUUUAUUGCGUUUUUGACGCCUAAAAUCGAUCCAGCCUUAGAUUUGGACGAUGAUCAAGGGCCCGAAUUGCCGACCAGAUCGAAUGAAGAAUUUCGACCGUUUAUCCGACGGUUGCCGGAAUUUAAGUUUUGGUAUGCAACGACAAAGAGCACCGUCAUUGGAAUGAUUUGUACAUUCUUUGAAGUGUUUAACAUUCCUGUAUUCUGGCCAAUCCUAGUUAUGUACUUUAUAACCCUGUUUUGCAUAACAAUGAAGCGACAGAUAAAGCACAUGAUCAAAUACAAAUACUUGCCAUUCACGCAUAACAAGCCACGAUAUCAACAUGUGGACAAUGCCAAGUGACAAUUAAAAG